CUGUCGCUGACUUCAAAUCAACAAUGGAGUCAAUAAUAAAGGAAGGCAACUUACACAAGGAAGGCGGAGGAGCCAUCACAAGAUGGCAGCAGAGAUGGUUCAGAUUGACAUCAAAAUCUUUCUCGUGGCACAAGUCUAAAGACGACACGCAACAGCAGGGCUCUGUUGCCGUGAACGAAAUUGUUGCAGUCGAGAAGCUGGUGGGAGAGAGAUCAAGCAGACAGAACUGCUUUAGUCUUGGGGUAGCAGGAAAAGACAAGGUCUAUCAGUUGGCGGCCGACAGCAAAGAGGAAAGGGAUGCUUGGGUGGAAGUUCUUAAUUCGUCAUCGAUCUCUUCUACAAGUCCAUUAAGCUCGAGUGUGAAGUAUGUCACUGUGGAAACCUACAGUAGUCAUGGAGUUCGUGUCACUGGUGAUCCUGGUAAUCUGAUCCUAACACAAAUUGGAAGUGGUUUGGCUUCUGAUAAGAAACGUAGAGAUGAAAGAGGAUGGUUCUGCGACAGACAUUUGCCAUUAAACGUUGUACUGAAUUUGUUUGCUCAACACGGAUGGAUUCUUGUUCGAACGUAUGAAAGCGAAAGUAUUUCAUCAUUGGAUGGAAGCACAAAUCCCUGCAAUGUAGCCAUUUUCUGUAAAGACGCUACUUCUUUCCUGACAUCUCCGACAGCUGCCAUCGCACCAAGUGUUAUCACCAGAAAUCUUGUCCCGACCAACAACCGGCCACUAAGUGCCUUUAGGCCACUGAACAUCAUUAAAGACGACGACGACAAGGAAUUAAUUGAAGGUGCAGAUGAUGAACUGGCAAAACUGAUGCAAGAAUUCAAUAUCCCCCUAGAUUUGCUGUACACCAACAAGGCAUCUUAGACUGUCCAGUAAGUACAUGCUCAAUCUCUUUACAGGCAGCAGGCAGCUUUAGCUUUGGGCUCACAUUUAUUAAUUUUUUCAAACUGUUAACUGCAAAGUAUAAAAUUCGCUGCUCCUUUAUGCGAUUAUGUACUGAGAAAGCGGGUAGCUAGUCUACAAUGUUCGGUUACCACUUGUAGAGAAGUAUUACUGUAUACUGAAAAUAUCUAUACUAACUAGUUAGUACAUGUCUGGUUAUUAAACAGACUAAGUUUUUCCAGAUAA